UACAUACGUCUUGUAAACGUUCUAUGUUGAAUGGGGUUAUUCGUGGCACUAUUUAACCAAAAAAAGCAAUGAACUCUUUUUGUUGGAUUCAAAGUUCCUCGGAUCACAAGGUUGACGGUUUCCCCUUCGUUGCUUUUAUUCUGCUGACAGCCUGAUUGACCCCAGUAGGUGUGUGACCAGGAACUCUCCACAGCUAUAUCCUACUGCACAAAUCUCCCAUCACUCUCUCCACAAAGCUAGAAAUUGUGAAAUGUCCAGCGAUAGAGUGGAGAAACCUUUACCAGAUAUUCCUGAAGAUGAUGGUAGCAGAGAUGACGAGAAGGGCUUUGGAACUGUUUUUGCUGAACUUGAAUCCGUGGACUUGCCCCUGGGAACCACAUUAAGGUCUGUGUACGAUGACCAGCCUAAUGCCCACAAGAGGUUUAUGGAGAAGCUUGAGGUCAGGAUCCGUAACCAUGACAGAGAGAUAGAGAAGAUGUGUAACUUCCACCACCAGGGGUUUGUGGAUGCCAUCACCGAGCUGCUCAAAGUCCGUGCCGACGCAGAGAAACUGAUGGGCCAGGUUACCGACACGAACAGAAGACUGCAAGACGCCGGCAGAGAGGUGACAGCCCAAACGGAGGAGGUGAUUCGCUGUCGGAUACAGCAGAGGAACAUGACUACCACUGUGGAGAGACUACAGCUGUGUAUACCUGUCCUAGAAAUGUACAAUAAAUUGAAGGAGCAGCUGGAAUCCAAAAG